AUGCGUCUCAGCAUUGCUUCUGUCGUGAGUCUUGUCAUCGCGCCUACGUUGGCAGGUUGUCCCUAUGCCCGAGACCUCGGCUUGAACAUUGACGAUCAUGAAAGCCCUCACACUCAUCUGCCUCGAGAUAUCGCCUCAAAGAGCUCUGCUGCACCUAUCGCAUCUCCCACGACCGUCGCUGGAAAGAAGGGUGUCUUUUAUAUGAACCGUAUUGGGCCCUCAGGAUCACAGCUGUGGAUUUCCAACGCAGAUGGCACCAACGCGACCACGUUGAUGGGCAACCAGACCGCUGCAUUUGACUAUCAUCCCACCUGGUCGCCGGACGGGAAGUGGGUCGUGUUCACUAGCGAACGUCGCGGAGCAGGCCAGUCGGACUUGUACCGCGUGCACCCAGAUGGUAGCGGGCUGGAACGGAUCGUGGCCACAGACAGCGCUGAAGAUGCUGGCACAAUGUCACCUGAUGGAAACACUCUGGCCUACGUUUCGACGUAUGGUAACUAUACCAUGAAUGUCUGGGUCAAAGACCUUAAGACAGGCAUUUCGCGCAACCUUACCGAUACCCCGGGGAAUCGUGCCGACAACACCUGGCCCACUGGGCACUAUCGUCCUGCAUGGUCUCCCGACGGAAAGUGGCUGGCUUUCAGUUCGGACAGGAAUAAUGACUGGACAGGGCACAGCGAAGGAGUUGGAUGGGAGCACACUCAAAAUCUUGGUCUGUAUGUGGUUCGUUCUGAUGGCUCCGGUUUUCGUAAGGUGCUUCAUGAGGAUGGCUUUUCUUUCGGUACACCCCAAUGGUCACCCAACGGAAAACGCCUUAUUUACAACAACAUGACGAGGGAAAACACGUACUAUGCGCAUGGUGUCUCUAGCGAGCAGACGGCAGUUGCUGCUCAGAUCUACAGUGUUGACGUCGCCACUGGAAGGAAUAUCAUCAAGCAUACUUCCGAUAGCAAUCUGAAGGUUGGCCAACACUACAUCGCCAAUUCGACCAAUAUCGGCUAUGUGAUCAAAGCAGGCGAUUCGGAGGGAGUCGGCUACACCUCUCCUGGCAAGACACACAAAGCUUUCAAUCUGACUGGUCUUCGUGAGCCUUCUUGGUCUCCUGAUGGCUCCAAGAUCGUCUACAACAUUCUCAACUGGGAUCAGCAGGCAAGUAAUCUAAAGCUAUGGAGCUUUGACGACGAAUGGGACUAUCGCUACAUGGAUGUCUUCCCCUUGCACAACACGGCUUCCAACACCCUAGCAAUCACCCAAAAGGUCCUUGGAGGAGCUAAUAGCUCCCUCGUUGUUUCAUCAACAGACUACACAGACCUGACCGACUCGCUGGACUCUUAUGAUAUCUAUUCCGCCGACAACAGCACCGAAGUCACAUGGCUUGAAGGAGGUAACUCGGGUGCCUUCCAGCCUUCAUGGAACCCAGAUGGCGACGAGCUUGUCGUCGGAUUCGGUGCCUGGUUCGUCACUCGGUCCACCGACACCGCCGCUAUCUACCGCGUCGCAGCCAACGGCAGCUCUCACACCAACCUCACUGAUUGGGAAAACAACGCCGGCUUCCCCGCCUGGUCUCCGGAUGGGUCGGCAAUGGUGUACCGUCUCUGGAACAUCGAAACCGGUGCUCCUCAAGGACUCCAGCUUCACAACUUCACAACUGGCGCGACUACCAAGUUGACGCACGGCUGGGAUAACACCCCCGGGUGGGCCCCUAAUGGCGAGCGCAUCGUCUUCACCCGUAAUAACAACUGGACUGAAGCCUACGGAUCCCGUUGGUAUGCCGAUCGCUUUGAUAUCUACACGGUCCGUCCCGAUGGCUCCGAUUUGACCCAGGUCACGGAUAGUCUGGCAAAUGACGCCCAUGCUGUUUGGUCUCAAGAUGGCCGCAUCAUGUGGUCUACUGGAAUGUGGGGUUUCAAAGAUGAAAGCGCCCUCCAGGAUAACACUUUCCAGCCUUAUGGUCAAAUCAUGGUCAUGGAACACGACGGUUCUAAUAAGCAUCUUGUCACCGAUACUCUCUGGGAAGAUUCUAUGCCGCUCUACAUGCCGAAUGAGUACCUCGAAUAG